AUGUCUUUCGCUUCUCUGUCAACAGAAGUUAUUCAAGAGGUCGGGAAAUAUUGCGACGGUCAGCAGCUUGCUUCCCUCGCUCAAGUCAAUCGCCACUUUUAUGCCAUCUUCAAUCCUCUCCUUUACAAACAUAGCAUCGCCAACGACUCACCCUCCCAAGAAUGUGUGAGGUGGGCUAUAGAGUAUGGCGAGCUCAACACGCUCAAGUACGCUAUUAGUCAAGGGGCAGACAUUAAUGGCUCUUGUGCGAUAACGGAGAGAUAUGUUCAUUCCGGCAUGUCUUCAACACCACUGCAUGUCGCGACCGCAAACAGCUUCCAUGAGAUGGUGCAGUGGCUUCUUGACAAUGGUGCAAGUUUGCAUGAACCAUCAUUCGGGUUGUGCGGGUGCGACCAGUGGGGCACUUAUAAUUCGGGUCUCUUCUGGUAUCCUCUGCAUUUUGCAAUCAUCCAUAGCGAUGAAGCCAUGCUACGGCUUUUCCUCCAGAAAGGUGCCUACUUCUCGGCGGACAGGGUACCAGGCCUGCGAUGCGCCAUUCAGAAUGAACGGCUGGAUAUAAUCGACCUCCUCGUCCAGCAACCGAGCUUCGAUCCUCGUUACCAAGAUCCUCAUGAACAAAAUGCCCUUCAUUACGUCUGCAAUGUCCAAGACCCCAGCGCCGCCUAUCAGAUCGUCCAUAGGCUGGUUGAUCAUGGCGUGCCAAUGAACGUCAUGGUGCAAGGCGAUACACCUCUCUCGCAGCUAGUCUGCAGGGCCAUGUAUAAGCCUGCGAUCGCCUUACUCGAGCGUGGUGCUGACCCCUACAUUGAUGGGCACAAUCAGAGAAUGCAUUUACUGGACUUGUGCUUUAAUGAUAGACUUAUCUACCCAUCAGAGCCAGAGUCCGUGACCACAGAGUUGAGGGAGGACCGAAGAAAGCUAGUGGCCAUGUUCAUUGCGAAAGGGGCCGACGUGAACAGAGUCACGACUAUCGGAGAUGAAUAUCGCACGCCCCUCUUCCGGGCACUAAUAAGCGGGAAAGACGUCGAAUGUAUCAGGAUUCUCCUCGAUGCCGGAGCCAGCAUCAGGAACGCCGUUACAGAUACAGAUGGUUCCAAAACCGAGGGUCUGCUCCGUGAGCUCUUCCGCCAAGUCGCCGGUUUGUUCCCAUACGUUACAAGGAUGGGUGGUCCUAAAGAAGCAUAUUUUGAGCCGUACAAGGACUCUGUGCGUCUCUUGUUAGAGAAUGGUGCGCGCAUUGACUCGGUUGACGAUGAGGAGUCAGCCUUGGGGAUAUGUUGGAAGAUGGCAACUCCAAAGAUAGGAACCUGGGCCCUCGAGUUUCUCAUAGACAAUUCCACACGCCAAAAUGUCACGCUAGAGUUUGUUGAAGCUCUUUUGGAGAAAACGGAGAACGAGGAGGUUCGCGAGCUGUUGGAGCGACUUCAGGACAAGUUAGCGGGAGAUGGUGAGAAUGAUGACGCAGAGACGGCUGACGAAUAG